UAACAUACAACCCGGAUGUGACGCAAUGUAGAGUAUAAAUAGUCACGAUAACUCCAAAACAGCAUAGUCACUUUAACAAACCCUUGGGUUUUGGGUCGAAGAUGGAGUUUCCAGACUUGGGACAAAACUGUAAUGAGAAAACUUGUAAACAGUUAGAUUUUCUCCCUAUGAAGUGUGAUGCCUGUUCACAAAUAUUUUGUCGAGAUCAUAUACACUAUAAUACACACAACUGCCCAGAGUCAUACAAGAAAGAUAAUCAGGUCCCUGUGUGUCCGUUAUGUAACAACCCUGUCCCAGUCAAGAAGGGGGAGAUGCCAGAUGUAGUGGUGGGACAGCACAUUGACCGGGACUGUCAAUCAGACCCCGCCUGCAACAGGAGAAAGAUAUACACCAACAGAUGUUCAUUUAAAGGAUGUAAACAGAAAGAAUUGAUAAAAGUUCUCUGUGAGAAUUGUCAUCAGAAUUACUGCCUAAAACAUCGACAUGAAACUGACCAUGACUGUAAAGGUUUCCAGGACACAGGGAGGGGUGUGUCCAGAGCAGGUGCUGCAGCUAUUUUUAGAACUCCCCAGUCUUCCAGUAAGCCAACAACUAGUGGAAGUAGUAAUAAGCCUUCAGCUAAAGCGGCUAAACCUCAAACCACCCCCCUGUCACAGUUAGGCCGGGAACUAGACAGUGAGAGAAGGCAAAGACAAGCUAUGGCUGCUCGAACAGUACAAGGAGGAAUGACGGAAGAUGAGGCAUUAGCUCAGGCAAUUCAAAUGUCAAUGGCAGAGUCAUCCCAACCAACACAGCCUGCAAAACCUCUGACACAACAGGAACAGGACGACCUCCUUCUAGCUCAGGCCAUAGCUGCCAGUCAAGAAGAAAACAGGCGAGAGCAAAGGAGAAGGGGGCUGAUGGCGGUCAGAUAGAAAACAGAUAAGAUCUCAGCCAUGUCUGUUUUCUGUUUUAGCAAGAAGCAGCUCAGCGUAGAGAAGAAAACAAGACAUCCUGCCAGCUCUCCUGACACAGGGAGGGCCAUUAUGUGUAUUUAUUGGAAACACCUUGACACCUGGAUUGUACAGCAUUAUUCAGACAUAAUCUGUCAAUCAGGUUGUGUUUUGAAUUCACAGGAAACAUCUUAUCUGUCUGUGGUUAUGGUACAUGUAUUAUGGUCUUUCACUUUUUAAUCUCAUGGAUAUUUUUUAGCACAAGUACAUGUAUUUUAUGAUAAGGAGACAAGGUUUUAUUUAUCAGAAUUUUUUUAUGUAUUAAAUUUUUUUUCUCUUUCAUUAUUGAACUGGAAAUUAUGAUAAUACUGUAGAUUCCUUAUUUUAUGCGAGUACUUAAUUCUGUGAUUCAACAGUUUAACAUCAAAUUGCAAGAAUAUGAAAUUGAGAAUGCUGAAUUUUUAUCAAAAUUUCAUUCAGUUUACAUCUGUCUGAAAAAAUAAUAGUGAGAUUUUAAAAUUUGGGAGAUGUACCAGUGCUUCUCGCAAUUUUAUGCGGAUAUUAAUUCCUCGCGUUUAAUUAGGAAUCUACAUUAUCAAUUUUUAUUGUGUUGUACACGUCUUUAUAAUACAAAUGCUAAUGCAUCGGUUAAAAAAAAUGCAUCAGCAUCUGAAUUUGAAUUGCAUUCUAUCAUAUUUACUUUAUAGACUUCAUGUGAAAAUGAAAAUUACACAUAUGUAAAAUGAUUUCUAGUAUUGAUUUUAUAUGUUUUACCAAUUUUUUAAAUUAUUCUUUCUUUCUUGUUAAGUAACUUGAAAUUAAGAAUUUAAAUCAAAUUUUACCUUGUCACACCCUUGGUACAUCUUUAUGAUACACAGAGUUUAUGCAUGUGUUAAGUGAUUACAUGUAGCAGCAGCAAAGUUUGAAUUGCAUACUACAAUAUUUAUUUACUACAGACAUCACGUGAAAAUGACAUUGCACAUUUGUGAACUGAUUACUAGUACAAUGUAUUGGUGUAUUUGUCACUGAGAAAUUCAAUAGCAAUGUAUAAAUUUAUCUAAAAGGAAUUUACAUGUAUUGUGACAUUGUUUACAUAUUAUUUUAUUGUUUUAUUACUAUAUUGUUGAUUCAAUAAAUUAUUUUACAGUUAU